CUUGGGCCGUGAGCGUCUCUCAUUCGGGCCCGUCGGCGGCUCGUCCCAGGGUCCCGCUUCCCCGCAGCUUGGCGCAGCUCAGCCCCAGUUCGGCAGUUCCCCCUCGGCCCGGGCUCCGGGCUCGUGAGCUGGGGCCGCGCUGGGGGAAGCCCCCUCGUGACCCUUAGCGCCGGGGUCCUGCCCUCAGCCCCGCCGGGCUCUCGCCAGGGUCAGCAGCCGCAGCUCGGCUCCGGCGCUGCUCAGCCGCAGAUCUACGGGGGCGGUCGGGGGGAGCUCAGCAGCACUGGGCCCAUUUGUACAGAUGGGAAAACUGAGGCCCUUCCCCUCCAUUAGCCACCCGCUGCCUGGGGGGCUGGUAUGUUACAAGGCGCACUGGGGUGGGGGGGGGGAAGGGAACACGCCGCGGUUACCAGAGACACGAGCAGCGCACGCGUCCGAUCACACCUGAAAGCCCCGCUCCGGCCUGGCCCCGGGGCGUGACUUGGCGGGAGGAAUCACCGGGGGUCUCAGUCCCGCUGCAGCAAAGGGGGCGUCCGGCAAAGCGACGAGGGGCCGGCGGGGGCAGCUGUGUCGACCCCCGUCCCCACCCGAGCCGAGGUCCCCCGCUGCAUCGAGAUGCAGCCAGCUCUGGGGUGGAACGUGGCCGCACGUCGCCAAGCUAGAAAGAGUCCCGCUGCCCGUGGGGACUGAUAGCGUCCAUGCAGGCUCCGUGAUGGACCAUGAUGGGGGCCAAGCUGCUGACGGUGGCGUUGGCCCUGCUGACGCUGCUGGCCCUCAAGGCCUACAUGGACUGGAGCCUGGAGCAGCCCGAGGGCCUGCCCCCCCCUGAGCCCGCCGGGCCCACCCCCGCCGACCCACUGGCCGACCCGCUGGGGGACGACCCGGCGGGGCUGCUGCUCCGGCUCAACGCCUCGCUGCAGCAGCUGCACGGCGCCGUGCCCGAGGCGGACGCCUACUGGAACCGCCAGCAGCACCGGCUCCUCCGGGCGCUGGCGGGGGGCCCGGCCAACGGCUCGCGGGGCUGCGGGGACGGGCCGGCCGCGGCGGCCGAGAUCAGGGACUUCGCCUCGUACCCGGAGCCGCACCGGCGCUUCGUGCUCCACGCCGGGUGCCGCCGCUUCCCGCUGCUGCUCAACCAGCCCCGCAAGUGCGCCGGCAACCGGACCUUCCUGCUGCUGGCCAUCAAAUCGGAGCCGGGCAACUUCGCUGCCCGCCAGGCCGUGCGCGAGACCUGGGGCCGGGAGGGGGAGCCCGGCGGGCGGCCGGUGCGCACCGUCUUCCUGAUGGGCGCGGCCCACGGCCCGCACCAGCCCGACCUGCGGCGCCUGGUGGCCUCCGAGAGCCGGGCCUACGGCGACGUCCUGGCGUGGGACUUCGAGGACACGUUCUUCAACCUGAGCCUCAAGGACGUCCUGUUCCUGGGCUGGGCGCGGGCGCACUGCCCCGCCGCCCGCUUCGUGCUCAAGGGCGACGACGACGUCUUCAUCAACACGCCGCGGGUGCUGGCCUUCCUGGGGGCGCUGCCGGGGCGCCGGGCCCGGGUGCUCUACACCGGGCAGGUCAUGGCCGACGCUGCCCCCUUCCGCCAGGCCAGCAGCAAGUACUACAUCCCCGAGUCCUUCUACGCCGGCCCCUACCCGGCCUACGCCGGCGGCGGCGGCUACGUCUUCUCGGGCCGCCUGGUCCCGGCCCUCCUCGUGGUGGCCCAGCACGUGGCCUUGUACCCCAUCGACGACGUCUACGCCGGGCUGUGCUUCCAGGCGCUGGGGGUGCGGGCCGAGGCCCACCCCGAGUUCCAGACCUUCGACAUCGCCGAGAAGGACCGGGCCGACCCCUGCGCGCACCGCGAGCUGCUGCUGGUGCAUCGCCGCAGCCCCCAGCAGACCCUGCGGCUGUGGCGGCAGCUGCGGGACCCCGAGCUGAAAUGCUGACGGGGCGGCGGGGGCUCCGGCAGGGCAGGAGAACGGAAACGGGGGCUCGGCUCUGCGCCGCCAGAACCGCCACUUCCCCCCCGCUCCGAGCCGGGCGCAGGGCCAUGGACGCGGGCGGGAGCCCUGUGCGCCCGGGGCGGGGGGCACUGCUGUGUCGUUCCCGGAGGGGCCAUUAAAGAGUGUCUGGCCGGA